CUAUAGAAAGUUAAUCAUCACUUUUCUGUUGUUUCAGUUUCUUUAACACAAACAAAGAAGAAAGGCCUUGAGUUUAAACAGAAGAUAAUAGAGGAUAUCCAGACAUGCUGUGAUAAAUAUAAGAACAUAUUCCUCUUCUCGGUACACAACAUGAGGAACACACACCUGAAGGACGUUCGCCAGAGCUGGAUAGGAAGCCGAUUUUACUUUGGGAAGAACAAAGUUAUGUCAUUGGCAUUAGGGAGGACCAAGGAAGAUGAAUAUAAAGACAACCUACACAAACUGAGUUCUCAGUUACGCGGACAGACAGGACUGCUGUUCACCAAUAAAUCAAAGAAAGAGGUCCUCAGAUUCUUUGAUGAGUACAGAGUGCCAGAUUAUGCCAGAUCAGGCAAUCCGUGUCAACAAACCGUGAUGUUAGAUGAGGGACCUAUCCCAGAAUUCUCUCAUUCCAUGGAACCCCAACUCCGACAGCUCGGACUACCCACUUGUCUACAGAAAGGUCAGACCAAAUCUUAUACAGUAAAACUCAGUUAUCUAGCAGAAAG